AUGGCGAACGAUGCUGCUCUAAGGUCAGCUAUAGUAUGGCUAGCGGUGGUAAUAGUGUUAGUUGGGAUAUUCACGUUUUCUUUAAAGAAAAUGGUGAUAACCUAUGCUUUUGGGAUGGUUGGGAUUGCUGGGAUACUUUUGCCCGACUGGGAUUACUUCGAUCGUGAUUUUUCUCGGUGGUGUUAUCAGUUUACUGCUGACGAAGGAGCGGCUGUUCUUGCUCGAAGGUCUGGAUUAAAAAGGUACAGGAUCUACCCCAUGAGAGUGAUUAUUUACACCACAAUUUAUGGCUUUGGUCUGUACAAGUGGUGGACUUUCAUAUCAAGUUAA